UUGCAGGAAGUGGAGGGAGUCACGUGGGAGUGCGUCUUGUCCACGGAAGACCUGAGAGUGUGGAGGAUGACUAUUCACAACUUGUACGUGUUUGACCGGAAUGGCAUCUGUCUUCACUACAGCGAGUGGAACCGCCGGAAACAGGCCGGCAUAUCCAAAGAUGAGGAGUUCAAGCUCAUGUACGGCAUGUUGUUUUCCAUACGCUCGUUCGUCAGUAAAAUGAGCCCGGUGGACAUGAAAGAUGGCUUCCUCUCCUUCCAGACCAGCAAGUACAAGCUGCACUACUACGAGACGCCGAGCGGUCUAAAGAUGGUGAUGAACACAGAUCUGAGUGUAGCCAAUGCACGGGAUGUCCUGCACCAGAUCUACAGCACGAUUUACGUGGAAUACGUGGUGAAAAAUGCCCUGUGUGCCCUCAACGAGCCCAUCCAAAGCGAACUUUUCAAGAGCAAACUAGACAUGUUCAUCCGCAGUCUGCCGUACUUCUCUGCUCGUGCUGGUUAG